AUGGAGGCCGUCAUGCUGAGGAACCUCGCUGACAAGGUGCGUGUGCCGUGCAUUCGGCUCAACCGCUCCCGGUCGACACGCGGCCGCUCCACACGCGAUGCUCGACCGCAUGGACCCCUCGUCCCUGUUUCGAGCGGUCCCCGUCACUCGGGCGCUGACCCUCAUUGGAUCACCGUGACAGGCAUACGAACGACGCAAAAACACGGCGUUGGAGUUGGAACGGGUCAUCAAGGACUGCGUCACCAUCGACGACGUCAAGCGCCUCGAGCUCAUCAUCGGCGAGCUGUGUACGCUCGUCGAAUCGCACAACUCGCAUGCCAGGUCCGGCGGUAUCAUGGGACUGGCUGGGACAUCGUCAGUUCAACAGCGACGCCUUGGUACCGUGAUCGGCGCACUGACGCUCAGCCGCCCAUAGCAUCGCCCUCGGCCCCAAAGUAGCCGAGCAUCUCGCCGCGCUCGUACCACCCGUGCUGAGGUGCUUUGCCGACCAAGACUCCAAAGUCCGAUAUUUUGCCUGCGAGAGCAUGUACAACAUUGUAAGUUCAACACUCGUGUUCUUUUCAGAUGGCUUGCUGAUCUAGCAUCCCCCUCUUCCCCACCGAACCCCCGACCCCCACACGCAGACCAAAGUCGCCAAGGGAGAGAUCUUGAUCUACUUUAAUGAGCUCUUUGAUGCCAUGUCAAGGGUCAGUGCGAUGCCAACUGUACGGUUUUGAAAUCGAGAGCUCAUUCGACCAAGGGCUUUCAUCUCCUUUAGCUGGCUGCCGAUACCGAAAUCAGUGUCAAGAACGGCGCUGAGCUGCUCGACCGACUCGUCAAGGAUGUCGUCACCGAGCAGGCCUCGACCUAUGUGUCGACACUCAACAUCCCGCCUUCUCAACCCCUUUUCCCUAACACCUCUGAUCGACCAGGGUCACCCCCUCUGGGCGACACUCGCGAUACCAAAGACCAGAGCGAGCCCGAACCGCAGCACGCCUUCUCCCUCAAGCGCUUCGUCCCGCUCCUGCGCGAACGGAUAUACGUCAUCAACCCCUUCACCCGAACCUACCUCGUGUCGUGGCUCACCGUACUCGACUCGGUCCCCGAACUCGAGCUCGUCACCUACCUACCCGAGUUCCUCGACGGACUACUCAAGUUUCUCGGCGAUCCGACCGUCGAUAUUCGCAUCGCGACCCAGAACGUCCUCGCCGAUUUCCUGCGCGAGAUUCGAGAAGUUGCCGAGGUACAAAAGUUUCACCAGAUCGAGGAGAGCAAGCUCGAGCAGGAACGAGCCGCCCCCAAAGCUGAGAGCUCGGCCGGUGUGAGAGCCGAAUCCUCGAGUCGGACCCACAGCCCCAGAACGAGCCAACUCAGUGGAAUGACCAAAGUCGGUGGCGUACCGGGAGACUCGACGGUGCCGACACCGACAUUUCCAGAAUCGUUGCAAGGCUUGCAAAUCGAAGGGGCCGCCUCGGGCAAGCCACGCGGCCCGAACGAGGAGGAGGGAUCGGAGGAGGACUACGACGACGAGGACGAUGAUGACUCGGGCGAGUGGAUCCCCGGACAAGGGGUGCAUGUCGACCACGCCGCCAUCAUUGAGAUCCUCCUCGAGCAUUUAACCUUCCCGGAUGAGGAGAUACAAGCCACCUGUUUGAGAUGGAUUGCCGAGUUCCUGAUUUUCGUGCAGCCCGUCAUGGUCCCGUUCGCGCCUCGUCUCAUCCCCGUCAUCCUAUCCUCACUCGCCCACCACGUCCCCACGAUCCGCAACGCCGCCAACGAAACGAACGACAACCUCUUCUCCGUUAUCCAAGCCCUUCCCGUGGCAGGGCCGUCCUCUCCCCAGCCGCCGACGAACACGGGCCUGCUCGCAACCUCCGCCUCCGCAGCCCCUACUCGAUCAGGCGACUUGAACAAAGACCGGAAUAUCACCUCCUCUCCACCAACAAACAUGAGCUUCCCCGAUGAUCAACGAUCGCGUUCGAGCAUGUCCGACUACCCACCAAUAGGGGCCGCUCCCGAGAUGGACCCUUUCGAUUACGGUGCGACGGUCAAUGCGUUGACGUUGCAAUUCCUGAACGAGCACGAGGAAACGAGGGUCGCGGCAUUGGAGUGGCUCAUCAUGCUGCACCAAAAAGCACCGAGAAGGAUCCUCGCCAUCGACGAUCCCGCCGGCGAAUCGUCUCGCAUCCCCUCGCGCAUUCGUACGCACCCAGCCUACAGCACUGGUUCUUCCGAAUCGGGCCUCAGUAUUGCUCUUCUCCUCAAGAUGCUCUCCGACGCGUCCGAAAGGGUGCUCCGGAUGGAUCUACAACUCCUCGCUCAAAUCUCGGCUAGCGCCGCCGACGAAUACUUCCCCACGUUCAUGAUGUCCUUGUUAGAGCUGUUCUCGACCGAUCGCAAGCUAUUGGAGACGAGGGGGAGCUUGAUCAUUCGUCAAUUGUGCGCGAGCUUGAACACUGAGAGGAUCUAUAGGACUUUCGCCGAGAUCCUGGAGAAGGAUGAGGUGAGUUCUUUCAGGUCCGCAUUCAAUGGAAUGACGAAGAAAGCGACGCUGACGUGGGCUGGGUUGCGCUUGCUUCAAAGGAUCUCGAGUUUGCAUCCAUCAUGGUGCAGAACCUCAACUUGAUCAUGAUCACCUCGCCCGAGUUGGCCGAGUUCCGCAAAAGGCUCAAGAGCUUGGACACUAAGGUAAGUCAUAGACAGGGGGGCCUCGGCCGUAUGUCGUAGUUGAGCUCACCCAUCCCAUCAUGAAUUGACCACGUAGGACGGUCAAAGCUUGUUCGUGGCGCUGUAUCGGUCAUGGUCGCACAACGCUGUUGCGACGUUCUCGUUGUGCCUUCUCGCUCAGACUUAUGAGCAAGCCUGUGCAUUGCUGCAGAUAUUGUGGGUUCAACAGAUAGGACGAUUGGGCAAUACUAUGCAACUGACACUUCCUGAUCCGAUCCCCCAUAGCGCCGAACUUGAAAUCACCGUCAGCAUGCUGAUCCAAAUCGAUAAGCUCGUACAACUGCUAGAAUCCCCCGUCUUCACCUCGUUGCGAUUACAAUUGCUCGAACCGGAUCGGUACCCGUAUCUGCUCAAAGCCAUGUAUGGCCUGCUGAUGCUCUUGCCGCAGUCGAGUGCGUUCGCGACUUUGCGCAAUCGAUUGAGCGCAGUCAGCACAUUAGGGUUCUUGCAAACUGUACCCAAGUGAGUUCUUGAUUAAGUCACAUCCGCACAAGACAUUCUGAUAUUGACGCCCAUCACAUCCUGACAGAACUUUCCCUACCUCUUCCUCCUCAUCCCUCCCCUCAUCCUCCUCCAGCUCUUCCCCCAGCAUGAACCCUUCCAACACCUCUUCCUCUUCCUCAUCCUCCGCCAACACCAUCAACGCUUCCCGUCUCCGCCGCCAAGACGACGUCCGUUGGUCCGAACUUUUGUACCACUUCCGAGCCGUACAAAAACGAAGAGCGACGGCGGCGAUGCAAGGACACGAAUUGGGGUUCGACCCUCCUUUCAACACAUCGUUUUCGACGAUGGGCUCGUCGACGACGAACGCAUGGGGUAGUCAACCUUUGACGCCGAAUUCGGGUGGUGGGGGGCCGAAUGGGAUGGGGUCGAUGAGAGGCGCCAGUGGUGGUGCUGGUGGUGGUGCGCAAGGCGGAAGAAAUGGGACGGUAGGGAGCACGAGUCGAAAAGGAACGGGGACGUCGACUUCUUCUACUGCCGGGGGAGGUGGGUUCGGGAUGGGUCGAAGUUCUAGUCGACCCCCACCUAUGUUGACCAAUAGCUCGGGGAUGAUGACGAGGCCUAUGAGUCCGACUUCGGUCGGGGUUAAUAAGAGGAGGGUGGUGAGUGGAGGCAUGGGGGCUAAUCUGAAGAGGUGA